AUGAGUAGGAGGGAAAUUUUAAACCAACACAAAGUGAGCAAGACCAUGCUUUCCUCCUGCAGCUGCUUUUUUGUUCAAACAAUCAUUCAGUGUUGUAGGGUGCUCAAUAGGGUUGAUUGCCAUGAUGAGACCAAGUGGGUAAAUGCACCUCCUUGCGAUGAUUGUGGCAGUGAAACAAUAAAUAACGGAAUGGGCAUUCCGCUUCGCUCUGAAUCUGACUAUGGGGCAUCACAAGUGGAGCUAUAUCGAUAUCCAGUGAUCCUAUAA